UUUUUUCUCAUAUAUUGCCUAUUUGACAUUCAAAUAAGUUCAAAUUUCUAAUUCUUUCAUUCUUUACUGGUAUAUGAAUACUAUUGUUUGUCCUUUAAGACAAAAGAGUUUACCGAAUAAUUGGCUCCAUUCGUCUACCAUAUAGACAUAUUGACCAACAAUGUUAUAAUUGACAAUUUUGGAUAGACAAAUACGAAAUCGUCGCGACAGUGACGAUUCUUGUCUCUUGGUCAAAAUUCAAUCCUUUUUUCAAUCAAUCAGUCAUAAACCUUAUGAUUAUCAUCGUCCCUAUUAGGCCAGUUUUUGUUUUUUUGUUUUGUUUAACUGACUGACUGACCGAUCGAAUCAAUGCAGCAAUGUAUACACUAUGGCCCAAGGUCAUAUUAAUCAUCAUAAUGGUAAAUAGUAAAUGAACGAACCGAACUACAAACAAUCAUUCGUCAAAUGUUAUGCCAAAAAAAAAACAUUUCUUUUUUUCUAAAUCGACGAAUAGAUCUGAGAUGAUUAGAGGGUAACCGAAUUUUAUUUUUCUUUCGAAAACUAUCAAAAAAAAUUAUCGUCUUGACUGACACUGACAGAGAGAGAGAGAGAGAUUUAUCGACGAGAUCUUGAAUUGGCAAUGCAUUAUACCCAUGCCGGCGAUCAAAAACUAAUACCACCACCACCACCACCACCAUCGCCAAUGAUCAUCGCAACAAAAAAAAGAAUGGGCUUGAAUACCGAUUAGAAACAGAUAUCAUUCAUUUGGCUGACAAGUAUAGAGUAAAUAACAUCGUCGUAAAAAUUGUGCGUUUUCCAUUGGAAUCAAUGUUGCCAUGGUUCAUAUGGAUCUAUUAUUGGAUAUUUUUAAAUAAUAAUAUAUGGUGAUGCAAUACAUCGCCAAUCAUCAUUUAUGGUCUACAUUUUAUAUAGAUCAUACAUUUCUUUAUUUGUUGUUGAUAUCAAGUGUGUGUGUGUAUGUCUUUCUCAAAAUCUAAUAUUUCAACGACUAUGUGAUUGAAUGAAAAACUCAAUUACAAAACGUUAAAGAUUUCGAACGAAUAUUUUAUAUGGGCGUUUUUUGCUCAUUUUUAAUUCCUGAUUCCUGUGUGUGUGUGUGUGUGUAUGUCUGUGUUUAUGUGUCCCAUUUAUUGUUUCUUGAAUCGUAAAUUGAUCCAUCCAAGUGGUGAAUAUAUUGUUUAAAAAACAAAAAUUAUAAACACCUCCCACAAUGAUGGCUCGAUCAAUAAUAUUUCAUCCGAUUGUUUCAUCAUGUCUACUUCUUAUCAUCAUAAUAUCCGGUAUUAAAUGUGACAUACAUUGUUAUUGUAAUCAACCAGUAUGUGUACGUACCGGUUAUAUGUGCAAAUCAAAAGGCCAACAAGCCGGCUGUUUUGUUGAACAUUCGGGUUUCGGUAAUAUGGAUCGUUCAAGUGAUAUAUCUCGUCAUGGAUGUAUUGAAAUGUUACCAAAUGAUCAACGUGUUUCAUGUCUAGAAUUAGCAUUGGCCAUACGUUCAUCUCAUCAUCAUUCCAUAUCAAAUCAUCAUAGAAAUCAUCAUCAUAUUCAUAUACAUCGACAGCAACAGCCAAAUAAUCAUCAAAUUAGUUCAAAUUUUCGUCGUACACAUAAUAAAACAAUUACUUGUUGUCUUGACGAUAUGUGUAAUUAUGUUAAAACUAUUAUAGAUGAUUCAAAUGAUUCUGAUUUCGAACAUUCGAAUCAACAACAACGACCUCCAAUAAUAUCAUCAUCGAAUGAUCAUCAUUUUGAUUCAUUAGGUAAACAACUUCAAGAAAGUUAUGGUUCCAUGCAAGGAUAUAGUUUGAUAGUAAUCCUUAUAUUCAUCAUGACACCAUUAGUGUUAUUGGUCAUCUUUAUCUACUGUGUCAUAUGGUAUAUUCGUAAAGAUGAUCAGAAGAAAAAAUUUACAAAACAACCACGUAGUAAUACCAUUGAUCAUCAUCAUCAUAAACAACAAAAACAUAAU